GAGGGAGGAGUGGGCAUAAAGAUUUAAAACGCUUCUUCGACCUCUCUCUCUCUCUCUCUGAAAAAUCGCAGUAGAAAGGCGAAGAGGAACAGGGAGCUCCCUCCAACAAUCUAAAUUUUCAUCUCUUUCGCGCUCUGAAAUCGUUAUUUUCUCGUGUGUUUUCUCAUUUCAAGGCUUCUAACUGUCAUCAACCUUCUCUCGAUCCCCAUUAGUUAUUUUCUCUCAAUCGGCGAAGUUUCGUCUCCAAACCAACUCCGUCGAUUUCGAGAGGAAUGCAUUAUGGAAUUUGGCGGACGAGGGUUUGGGCAGCGUAGAAGGGAAUUUCGGGUUUCUGGUUCUUUCCCAACUGGUUAAAUUCUUCGGAACAGUUUAAGAGCUUUACUCGGAAUAUGGCUCUCCGGAAAUAUGCUCCUUCCUGUGACACACCUUCUGUCAGUAUGAAACCUCUGAGUUUCUCCAGCAAGGUUCAGGAGAAAGCUCAACUUGUGGAUCCAGAUACAAGCCCCAUUGCAGAGGCUGAUGUGGAUAUUGAUCUUAGAGAAGUUUAUUUUUUGAUUAUGCAUUUCUUAUCAGCUGGACCAUGUCACAGAACUUAUGGACAGUUCUGGAAUGAACUUCUUGAACAUCAACUUUUACCUAGAAGAUAUCAUGCUUGGUAUUCAAGGAAUGGGGUGCGUAGUGGGGAUGAAAAUGAUGAUGGUCUGUCUUUCCCGUUAAGUUACAAUAAGUUGGUGGAAAGGCAUCCUCAUAUUGGAAAGGAUCACUUGAUAAAGCUUCUAAAGCAAUUGAUAUUGAGAACAGCCCCUCCAUCACAAGGCAGGGUUCGUGCGCAUCCUCCAAAUGCAUCCGAUGUUCCUACACUUUUGGGAGCUGGUUCAUUUUCUCUCCUGGAUCGUGAGAAGAAUAAGGGGAAAAAUGAAGUCAAACCGCCCCCAGUUUACAUGCGUUGGCCUCAUAUGAAAGCUGAUCAGGUGCAUGGGUUGAGCUUGAGGGAAAUUGGGGGUGGUUUCACCAGACACCACCGUGCACCAUCAAUACGGGCGGCAUGCUAUGCUAUUGCAAAACCAUCUACUAUGGUGCAAAAGAUGCAAAAUAUUAAGAAGCUACGAGGACACAGGAAUGCUGUCUAUUGUGCCAUAUUUGAUCGCUCAGGGAGAUAUGUUAUUACUGGUUCAGAUGACCGCCUUGUGAAAAUCUGGUCAAUGGAAACUGCAUAUUGCUUGGCCAGCUGUCGUGGGCAUGAAGGUGACAUUACGGACUUGGCUGUAAGCUCCAAUAAUACUUUGGUGGCAUCCUCUUCAAAUGACUGUAUUAUUCGUGUUUGGCGUUUGCCAGACGGCCUUCCUAUUUCAGUUUUGCGUGGACAUGGUGGUGCUGUUACUGCUAUAGCAUUUAGUCCCAGGCCAAGUGCAGUAUACCAGCUUCUAUCAUCAUCUGAUGAUGGAACGUGUAGGAUCUGGGAUGCCCGAUACUCCCAGUUUGCUCCACGGAUAUAUGUUCCAAAGCCUUCAGAUUCUGUCGCUGGAAAGAGCACUGGUCCAUCUACAAGUGCUGGUCCGCAGAACUGCCAAAUAUUCUGUUGUGCAUUUAAUGCCAAUGGGACUGUAUUUGUCACUGGCAGCUCAGACACUCUUGCGAGGGUGUGGAGUGCUUGCAAAUCAAGCACAGAAGAGUCAGAGCAACCAAAUCAUGAGAUGGAUGUGUUAUCUGGCCAUGAGAAUGAUGUCAAUUAUGUGCAAUUCAGUGGUUGUGCUGUGACAUCUAGGUUUUCCAUAACUGAUGCCUCAAAGGAAGAUAAUCUUCCAAAAUUUAAGAAUUCCUGGUUUACUCAUGACAACAUAGUUACCUGUUCUCGUGAUGGUAGUGCUAUUAUUUGGAUUCCGAAAUCACGUAGAUCACACGGAAAAGUUGGACGUUGGACGCGAGCAUAUCACCUGAAAGUCCCACCUCCACCAAUGCCUACUCAACCUCGACGUGGAGGUCCGCGCCAGCGAAUUCUUCCAACUCCGCGUGGUGUUAAUAUGAUUGUGUGGAGCCUUGACAAUCGCUUUGUCCUUGCUGCUCUCAUGGAUUGCAGAAUAUGUGUUUGGAAUGCCGUUGAUGGUAACCUGGUACAUUCGUUGACUGGUCAUAGUGAAUCUACAUAUGUUCUGGAUGUUCAUCCUUUCAACCCUCGGAUAGCAAUGAGUGCUGGAUAUGAUGGGAAAACUAUAGUUUGGGAUAUCUGGGAAGGCACACCAAUCCGGAUAUAUGAAAUUGGACGUUUCAAGCUAGUUGAUGGAAAGUUUUCAUCGGAUGGGACAUCAAUUAUACUUUCGGAUGAUGUUGGUCAGCUUUAUAUAUUAAGCACUGGCCAAGGCGAGUCCCAAAAUGAUGCUAAAUAUGAUCAGUUCUUCCUUGGUGAUUAUCGCCCCCUUAUUCAAGAUACAAAUGGAAAUGCUCUUGACCAGGAAACCCAGCUUGCACCAUAUCGAAGGAACAUGCAAGAUCUCCUCUGUGAUUCAGGCAUGAUCCCGUACCCAGAACCUUAUCAGACCAUGUACCAGCAACGGAGAUUAGGGGCCCUGGGUAAUGGAAUCGAGUGGCGCCCUCCUUCUGUACGCUUUGCUGUUGGGACAGACAUCACUCUUGACCAAGAUUAUCACAUGCCGCCUUUGGCGGACUUGGAUAUAUUGUUGGAUCCAAUACCAGAGUUUAUAGAUGCUAUGGAUUGGGAACCAGAAAUUGAAGUGCAAACUGACGAUACAGAUUCUGAGUACAAUGUGACUGAGGAGUAUUCUACUGGUGGAGAUCAAGGAAGCUUAAGCUGCAAUUCCUCGGGUGACCCAGAGUGCAGUGAAGAAGACAGCGAGAUUGAGAAGAGUCAUAAAGAUGGCCUCCGUAGAUCAAAAAGGAAAAAACUGAAAGCUGAAAAUGAGAUCAUGACUUCUUCUGGGAGGCGUAUUAAGAGGAGGAAUUUGGACGAGUGUGAUGGCAAUUCAGUUAGAAGUACAAGAACUAAGAAAUCAAGAAAUGGGCGGAAAGUUUCACGGCGGAAGUCUUCUGCAUCUAAGUCAUUGAGACCUCAAAGAGCAGCUGCACGCAAUGCUCUCACCCUGUUUUCUAGAAUCACAGGAACAUCUACAGAUGGAGAAGAUGAAGAUGGCUCAGAAGGUGAUUUAUCAGACAGUGAAUCUUCGCUGCAAGAGUCAAACAUUGGGAGUGAUGAGUCUGAUAGAUUUCUACGAAACGAGCAAUUCAAGCAUACCAAAGGCAAGGAAGUAUCAUUGGAUGAGUCUGAGGAUGUGUUCAAACCUAAUGAAUGCCCUGCAUCUCAUGUGAAUGCUGGAAGCAGGAGGAGAUUGGUCCUCAAAUUUCCAAUUCGUGAUUUGAAAAAGCAUGUGCCGCUAGAGAGCACAAUGCUCAAUUGUAACAAUCAGGUCGACGUGGCAGGCUCAUCAUCUAAAGCUCCAGAGGAAGUCGCUGAAGUGCAAAGGAACUCUUUAAGCUUGGAGGAUCCAGAAUUCCUUGCUGCUGAUGCAAAUGGUGGUAGAAUUGAAAGAAGUGAGAAAGGGCAAUAUGAUAGGGUUGAAGAUCCUUUAAACCUAUCUGAAGGAUACAAGGAUGGGAAAAUCAGGUGGGGAGGGGCCAGGGCCCGCACGUCCAAACGUUUGAGAUUGGGGGAAGCUAUGUCAUCAGGUGCCUGUGUUGGAUCUAGCACACGCCUUGAUGGUCUUGUUGAGGUCGAGAAUAAUGGUAAUGUAUGUCUUAAAACUGAGCUUGGUACAGUUUCCAUGCAUUCCGAAAUCCAAUAUAAUGAAGAUAACAUGUACAAAAAGGAUCAUGUAGAAGUGCGGCAUUAUGAAGAAAAUACCUCUGAGGGAUUUGAUGCUGCAAUAAAUGGUGAAGAGAACUUUGCUUCAAAAGAAUGCCAGGAUCAUGACAAAUCUCCUAUACAGUUGCAGACAGGUGCCAAUGAGACAAAUCUGGCUUCUGUCAACUAUAAUAGUGUUUCUGAGCACCCUCCUGAAGUAAAAGAGAACCCCAUGUCCAUCCCAACAAAGUUGAGGAUAAAAUCAAGAAAGAUUUCAAAGGAAGCUGGGAGUCCUUCCAGGAUGAAAAUUAAUUCUUCAGUGGAAGAUUGGAGGAAUGGUGGAUGCGAUACAUUAUCUGGAAGUCCUGCUGAAAUGGAGCAGAACCUAAUUUCUGAAGUGCCUGAUGGAUAUGCUGGCAUCAGCAGACCCAAUUCUGGUCUUGGAAUUCAGAAUGGAUUGCAAAAUCCGGAGGCUCAGAUGGUUAAUAGUCCAGAGUGUGUAAUGCAUGAUCCCAAAGAUCUAGAUUCACAUUUAAAUGGUAAGAUGUACAAUGCUGUAUAUAGAAGGUCAAAGACCCAUAGGACCAGAACUAAUCUAGAAGAGGACAGUGGUGGCUUCGAAGAAAGUAGUUUAAAUGCAAGCAACCAUAAUCUCAAUGGAGGAAUAAACUUCUGUAAUACGGCAACUGAUGGGGCUCGCAGGACCCGUUCAGCGCUUAAAACCACUAUACGUGACCCAAGUGUUCUGAGCAGUAAUCUGAAGCUGGAGGGCCAUGGGUCAGCAGAUAUGUCAAGAAGUGUCGAGAAAUUUUCAAUCAAUAGGUGUGAUCAACUCCCCGGUGAAGAGUGGAGAUCAAAUUCAGUCAUCACAUCUGGAUUAAGGUCCACGAGAAAUAGGAGAGGCAGUUAUUGUAUUCGUGACCCUAGUCCACCAGAUAGAAAGAAGUCACAUCAGUCCGCAAGAAAGUUGUCAUGGUUGAUGUUAUCGAUGCACGAGGAAGGCUCUCGAUAUAUUCCCCAGAAGGGGGACGAAGUUGUAUAUUUGAGACAGGGUCAUCAAGAGUAUCUAAGUUUUAGUCGCUCAUCAGAGGUAGGCCCUUGGAGGUCAAUGAAGGAAAACGUACAGGCUGUGGAAUUUUGUAAAGUUGAAGGCCUUGAGUAUUCCACACUUCCAGGGUCUGGGGAGAGCUGCUGUAAAAUGACACUUCAAUUCAUAGAUCCUACUUCUAGUGUGUUCCAUAGAACUUUCAAGCUUACUCUGCCAGAGGUGACUAGUUUCCCAGACUUUCUUGUGGAAAGAACUCGAUACGAUGCUGCUAUCCAGAGGAAUUGGAGAUUCAGGGAUAGAUGCCAAGUGUGGUGGAAGAAUGAGGGUGAGGAAGAUGGCAGUUGGUGGGAUGGCCGAAUCCUGGCUGUGAAUCACAAGUCUCCGGAGUUUCCUGACAGCCCGUGGGAAAGAUAUGUUAUUCAGUACAAGAGUGAUCCAACAGAAACACAUCGACAUAGUCCUUGGGAACUUUUUGACUCUGAUACUCUGUGGGAGCCACCACGUAUUGAUGACGAUAGCAGAAAUAAGCUGCUGGUUUCUUUUUCCAAAAUAGAACGAUCAGGGUAUAAAGUUCAGGAUUACUAUGGGGUUCAAAAAUUGAAACAAGUUUCACAGAAGUCAAAUUUCCUGAACAGGUUUCCAGUUCCCUUGUCUCUAGAAGUGAUCCAGUUAAGGUUAGAGAACUACUACUACCGAAGUUUGGAGGCGGUGAAGCAUGAUGUGGAAGUGAUGCUGGCAAAUGCUGAAUUAUACUUUGGGAAAAAUGCAGAGCUUUCAGCGAAAAUGAGACGCCUAUCAGAAUGGUUCACACGAACACUGUCAUCUUUAUAGGUCUUUUAGAUACAGUUUUGUAGAAAAAUCAUUUAGUUAUGAGGUUGAAGCAAGUCCAUCGGUUUUCCUGUAGAUAUUUUUUUUUCAGUUAUUGAAGAGUUUUUUUUUUUUUUCAUUUACCUCCCAUUUAUCCAAUUUUGGUAAUUGGUUAAUCUUUUGGGGAUUCUUUUUAGAGGGCUAGGGAGAAAUCUUCCGCCAGAAAAUUCAUUUGUGUAUAGACAGAACACUUGAAAACAUUAUCAUUUAAUAAUUGAUAAAAGAAAAGGUUGACAUUUUGA